GCCGCGCCGCGCCCCCAUGGACGGCCCAGCCAUCAUCACCCAGGUGACCAACCCCAAGGAAGACGAGGGCCGGGCGCGGGGCGCCAGCGAGAAAGCUUCCCAGUGUAACGUCAGCCUAAAGAAGCAGAGGAGCCGCAGCAUCCUCAGCUCUUUCUUCUGCUGCUUCCGAGACUAUAAUGUGGAGGCCCCGCCCCCCGGCAGCCCCAGCGUGCUGCCACCACUGGUGGAGGAGAACGGAGGGCUACAGAAGGGUGACCAGAGGCAGGUCAUUCCCAUUCCAAGUCCGCCAGCUAAAUACCUCCUUCCCGAGGUGACGGUGCUCGACUAUGGAAAGAAAUGCGUGGUCAUUGAUUUAGAUGAAACACUGGUACACAGCUCAUUUAAGCCUAUUAGUAAUGCUGAUUUUAUCGUUCCGGUUGAAAUCGAUGGAACCAUACAUCAGGUGUAUGUGCUGAAGCGGCCGCAUGUGGACGAGUUCCUCCAGAGGAUGGGGCAGCUCUUCGAGUGUGUGCUCUUUACUGCCAGCUUGGCCAAGUACGCAGACCCCGUGGCCGACCUGCUGGACCGUUGGGGGGUGUUCCGGGCCCGGCUCUUCAGAGAGUCCUGCGUCUUCCACCGUGGGAACUACGUGAAAGACCUGAGCCGCCUGGGCCGGGAGCUGAGCAAAGUGAUCAUCGUGGACAACUCCCCGGCCUCGUACAUCUUCCACCCCGAGAACGCAGUGCCUGUCCAGUCCUGGUUCGAUGACAUGACGGACACGGAGCUGCUGGACCUCAUCCCCUUCUUCGAGGGCCUGAGCCGGGAGGAUGACGUGUACAGCAUGCUGCACAGGCUCUGCAGCAGGUAGCCCCGGCUCGCCCGCCGCCUGCGCCUCGAACCCCAGCCCUGGGGGCCUGCCUGGCCUCGGCUGCCCGGGAGCUGGAAGAGAGGACACUCCGUGCUUCAGGCCACGGGGUGAAUGUGGCCAUACCUACCUGUUUUAUAUUUUAAAAACAGAAACAACUAUUUUAAAAUGAACUCUUUUAAUGAAUUUCAUAAAGGGACAUGCAUUUUACCGGAUUUGCUUUUCUUAAUACAUAC